GAGGGUGCCUGUAGUACUGGGUUACUAACCUGUCACAACGCAUCUUAUGUUCCAGCGGUGAAGACAUAAGGUGACACAAUUUUUACGUUACUAACCCGAUACUUGUUCAUUUAGAAGGUUAGAACAACCUUCUUGUCUUUUAAGUUUUAGUGCGAGAACUGGUUACGUUUUUCUGUGAAUGAAACUUUUGAGCAAGUUUUGAAGUGACGCUAUAUGCGAACGACGACAUAGUACAAGAUAAAGAAGGCUAUAGACCUUCCAGGAAUUGUCCACAGCGAUUUACCGUAGAUUUGUACCAGUCUUUCCGUCUAAAUGAUAUCUUGGAAAGCCUCGUUUAGGAUUGUCUAAACACUUCAUAAAAACACGCAUCUUUUAUUGUGAAAUUGUCAACAUACUAUCGCCUCUAUGAGUUUUCCAAGUGCUCUGAUUGUCGAUGCUGCCUUUAACGAGGUACUUGCAUCAUUUGGAUUGUACGAUAAUGUCGAAGAACGCUUUGAAAAAGCUUGGUCAGCUCUUCGGCAACCUCUAGCGGUUCCAAAGGUCACGAGGGAGAAAAGUCGGCCUGUCCCAGAGGUUCCAGCCUUUGAAACUGUCUUCUACUAUGCUAACAGAGAACCGAUUCCCACCCGACCGGUUUCGAAGCCGCCACUAAGUCUACACUCUAUUGCCUUAAAAUCCAUAGCAUUGAAUUCACGUGCGAGACCUCCACUACGUCCGGGACGUGUCUUUUUACGGCGUAAUUGGAUUGCAGUGAAAACUUGGAUGACAGACAAUUAAGUACCUUGCAGGUUAUGAAGCACAAGCUGGAAUGACGAGAAGAGAAUCAACAAGCUUUAGCAAUUUUGACCGCUACAAUGUUCGGUGUAACUUCGUCAGAUUACUUUUCAUUAAUAAUUCUACAAGAAAAUAGUGACUGACACGAAAGAGUCAAAUCGGAAAGGAGAAUACACAAGAGAGUCUGUGAUUAGACUCUCUAACUCCAUCAUGAGUGGGGUUAUCGCUCCCCUUAACAAAACCCCUUGGUGUUUCUUCUUAGACAUACAUUUCAAAAGCUUGAUUGCAACUGACACGGACCAAAUUGUUCAUGUCGCCUGUCCACAAUCAUAGCUCGCCUCCGUUAUGAGCAUACACACGGUCAUCUUUCCCUUCAACCUCCUUCUGUAUACUGUCAGAAAUGGAGAUCUGUUUGCGAAUCACGGUGCUGUUCGUGCGCAACUUCGCAUCAAACAUUUCAGCCUCCGGUUGGCGAUGAGAGCUUCCUAAGCGGUCAAACAGUGUGAAGAACUGACCGUAAUUGUAAUUAAAAUACAUGUGGUGCACUGCAUGGUGAGCAGAGCCGUUAACAAUGGCGUUAUUUGACAGAUACUCUCCAUCAUGAAUGAGUACAGUCCACAAAUUGACAAAACCAAACAGGAAAAGGUAAAGGUACUUGUUUAAGGGAAACAAGAACGGGAAAAUAUGAUACGGCAAAGACUGUGCGUAUCCAUCCAGAAAGUUGAAUGCAUGAGAUGAGAAAGGAGUAGGAAUCACCCAUUUAUGAUGUAACUUAUGCAAGGGAGCAUACAGAAGACGGUGAUGAAGCGCUCUAUGGAUCCAGUAAAUGGCAAAAUCCGAGAACAGCAGGAACAUAACUACUGAACAAAUCAAAUACGUGUAUCCGUAUUCAUCCAGCCUGUCGUAACACUGUGAAUAACCAUGGAUUUCGGCCAAAAACCAGGGGAACGUUAGCAGAGCCAUUCCGGGCAAGUUGAGGAGUGCCGUUUUAAUCUCGAGCCAUUCCUGAUUUUUCAAAAACUUGGGAUGUCGAUGUGCUUCUUCGCGUUCAAAGUACGUGAAGUAUGAAAAGGACGCUGUUCCUAAGUACAUGAUAGUGCCCAUAAUCCAAGUGAUCAAAAACAGCUCUAUGCCCUGACGAAUUACAUUGUUACUGUUGGUAAAGAUAGAAGCAAUCUGCUUCUGCAGACCGGGGCCGGCUACUGAAGUUAACCAGCUUAAACGGCCUCCAUAAGUGUAAUACAAGUCUGACAACCUGUCCGAAAUAUGACUGUCGACAAAUUCCAGUACGCGGUCCAUAAUUAAAAUAAACUAGAAUGAACUAGUACACAGAAUACGUUUUCGGUUUCCGAUAUUUCUGUAAGACAAAAAGAGCGGAAAUAUUCGAAUUGACAGCGAACGCUAAGAUAUUUACGGUUGGGUAUGGAACAAAAUCAAUCCGUCGCGUGGCAUCUGCCACAUUCAAUCGUACCAUUAGUGGAUGUAAUAGUUAUGAAACUGUAUGUUGUAAGAGGCAACUGUCCAUUCGAUUCUUUCCAACGAUUCCGGUGGCGACGUAAGUAAUACCGCACAGCAAAUUACAGUUUAUCAGAUGCGAAAUUGUAGCGAUGAUAUCGCAUCUGAUACGACUGUUUGCUGUGUGGUAAAUCCGAGUGGGCAAAACAGAAGUUUGAGCGACUUCGAGUUGAGAUGCUGGGAA